CAUGUGAAACGUCAGUCAUACCAAGCCCUCGAGAUCUCUCAGCUAGAAAAACAUUUUCUUUCUUCAUCAAAGAAUUUGCCAUCUCCUUCAUUUUCUCCGUAUAACAUAUGGCCAUUCACUUGCCGAGUAUUAUGCAUGUGAAGCAGAUUCUCCGGCGAUCUCUUCUCAUCAGCAGAGAAGCCGCCUCAGUCCCAAAAGGCUGCCUUGCAGUCUAUGUUGGAGAGAGACAGAAGAAGAGAUACGUGGUGCCCAUAUCGUUCUUGAAUCAGCCUUUGUUUCAGGACUUGCUCAGUAAGGCCGAGGAAGAAUUUGGCUUCGAUCAUGCUAUGGGCGGUCUCACAAUUCCUUGCACAGAAGACACAUUCAUUGCCCUCACUUCGCGGUUGAGUCAAUCGUAAGAGGAGAUAAGCAAGCCAAAAACAAUUUUGUGUAA